UGAGUUUUGGCGCGGGUUUUGGGGGACCCACACUGGGGGUGGCGGCCUCGGCGGGCGCUGUGCCAAAGACGCACGCGAGGGGCGAGAGACACAGGACAUCUGGGAAGGGCUCCCAAAUUACAGCGUCCACGUCAGAUGCGGGCAACAAGCUCGGAGCAGCCGCGGAAUUCCGAGCAGCACCCAGCAAGGUCCGAAGUGGGUGUCAGCAUGACACGUGAAGCCGUUUCGAACACAAGAACAAAAGAACACAGAUCCCAGAAACAGAGAGACGAGUACUCAGACGGAGGAGGAGACUCAAACUACAAGCAAUAAUCUAGAAGAAACAGAAGAAUAAAAGACUUUGGGGGGGUUUUCUGUGAAACUUUGGGUGGAAAAUGGUGAUAUUUGGUCAUAAAGGUGGGGUGAUGAACUUCACAAUGUUCAUGUGUUUUGUCUCAUUGCCAAUGGUUUUGAACGACAAAACAAAUUUGCCGGUCAGUCAGCCAGGGAAAAAUGUUUGGGAAGUUUUAGCCCAGGCAGCGAAUUUAGAUAGCAUCUGCCUGACACACUCCAGACCAGGGAGACCAUUCUCAGCAUGCAUGAUUGGGUUGCCAGUGAGCGAAUGGCUGAUUCCAGGACACACCGCAAUUGAGAUCUCACAGGUUGUUAAAGAUCCUGUGAAUGAGUGGUGUGCUUGGACACAUCUUCUUCCUGUGGCUUCUUCCGAACCUCAGGAAUUGGAGAUUUUCGGGUCCAUGACAAUGAAUGUAUGCAUGAAAUUUGAGAUUUCAGAUACAUCAAAGCCAAACAAAACUAUUGAUGUCACUCCCAGUCAUGAAUUUUACAGAAAUGCGUCAGCCUGGUGCAACAACACCAUGGUGACAGACAGAGGGUCAUUCCAAGUUCCAGUGCAAUUGCCAAGGGGAUUCUUUUUGAUUUGUGGAGACAGGAUUUGGCAUGGUAUUCUUGCGAAUGCCAAGGGAGGUCCAUGCAGCAUUGGAAAAAUUUCAAUGUUGACACCAGAUUCAAAAAUGCAGAGAGAGCAAGAAAAUAAAGAAAAAAGAUCUUUACAGCAUUUUGAUGAGAAUUGUGAUGACAAAGUUUACACUUGGAGCAAGGCAAGCAGAAUUGCGACAGCAAUUUUCUCACCUCAAACAGCAUCGCGGGUUGCCUUGACUCAAUUGGAUCAUAUGGGUUGUUGGCUGAGCAAACAUGCUCAAUCAAUCUCUCUUGCACUGAGUGACAUGUUGCAAGACAUGAACAGUGUAAGACAGGCAACUCUGCAAAACAGAGCAGCAAUCGAUUAUCUUUUGCUCGCUCAUGGUCAUGGAUGCAAAGAGUUUGAAGGAAUGGGUUGUAUGAAUCUCUCUGACCAUUCCAGGUCAAUUCAUGAAAAUAUCAAAAAAAUAGAGGACAGUGUAAAGGAACUUGGCGAGAUCACUGGGUCUUGGAUUGAGGACAUGGCAAAGUUUUUUGACCUUUCACCUUUGGGAAAAGAGUUUUUGAAGAUAGGGUUUCAGAUUUUGAUGGUUCUCAUAUUCCUCAUGAUUGUAAUUCCAUGCAUUCUUUUGUGUGUGCAGGGUGUCAUGAGUCGAGCUGCAAAGAAGGUGCUUUUGGUGCAAACAGAAGGGGGAGAUGUGUGAACUCAGUACAUCACUCCGGAUGUCCAGAGCUACCGAGACAACCCUUGGGGGGCUCGCAGGUCCUGGAAUGUUGCCAAAAGUACCUGGUGGCUUGACUUUGAUCCUUCUAAAGAAAUGACACCUGAAUGUGAGGAAAUGAGAGAAUUUCAAGCUUGAAUGGUGAAGGGAUGAUAUUCACUUGAUAAAACUUAAAUUAUAAUGCACUGUACAGGGGGGUUUAUAUGUUGUACAGGGGGGUUUGGAAUUCUGUACAUGGGGGUCGGGAGGCCCAAGAUGGAGGAAUUUGGGCAUGCCCUGUCCUUCUUCUUUCUUCUCCUUGGCAUCCAUGUUCAGGAUGAUGUUGGCAUGUGUGGAUUGGUUCAUAGGGAAAGUGCACUUGCCAACAAGGGCAAAAAGUAUUGGAAAUUGAAGGUAAAUAUCUUAUACGUAGUUUUUACUAUAAAAGAGACAACCGCCCCGUGGGCGGGGGAGAGUGCCCUUGGCUGUCUUGCUGAUCAGACCUCGGCUGGACAGACAGAAAAAACUUUGUAGAUAAGGAACAAUAAACUCAA